GGAAGCCUGCGGUGACUUCACUCCAGAAUUCCCCUUCGCAUCUCUGACAGCGGCCGUGAACGACGAGGUGCCAGACCGAGAGAAAAACAAAAGAAGUGAGCUGGUGUCUGACAUACCGUGGGAUUUAACGUCACCAGAAGCGUUUCAUCUCGUUUUUACAACCAAGGCAUUCGAGAAUGUCCCUGUAUCCAUCCCUCGAGGACCUGAAGGUCGACAAGGUCAUCAAGGCCCAGGCCCAGUUUGCCCAGACCACCACCCCGAUGCCAGCCAUCGCUGAGGGAACCUACCAGCCCCAGCCUGCCACCACUGGGAUGCCAUCAUCAAGUUUGUACCCUAAUCUGGAGGAGCUUGGAGAUUAUAUGGGUCUGAGCCUGAACAGUGAUGAAGUCCAGAGGAACCUUGCCUUGGUGCCUGUGGCUGACAAUCAGGUUGCGGUGCCCUCAGGGUUGGGUGUCACCGGCAUGGUGCGGCCAGUGACAGGGGCAGAUGUGGGCAUCAGGAGGGCAGAGAUCCGCCCAGGACUGCGGGAAGUCAUCCUCUGUAAGGACCAGGAUGGGAAGGUCGGACUCCGGCUCAGGGCCAUUGAUAAUGGAGUGUUUAUCCAGCUGGUGCAGGCUAACUCCCCUGCGGCCCUGGCUGGGCUGCGUUUCGGGGACCAGGUCCUUCAGAUCAAUGGGCAGAACUGUGCCGGCUGGAGCCUGGACAAGGCCCACAAGGCCCUGAAGACAGCCUCUGAGACCCGUAUCGAGAUGGUGGUACGGGACAGGCCAUUCCAGCGCACUGUCACCAUGCACAAAGACAGCUCAGGCCAUGUGGGCUUCAUCUACAAGUCUGGUAAAAUCACCUCGCUGGUCAAGGAUGGCUCUGCUGCCCGCAACGGCCUGCUGACCGACCAUUACAUCUGCGAGAUCAAUGGACAAAACGUUAUUGGACUCAAGGAUUCUCAAAUCAAGGACAUACUGACCACUUCUCCCACUACCAUGACCAUCACCAUCAUGCCCAAGUUCAUCUAUGAGCACAUGAUUAAAAGGAUGUCCAGCGGCCUCCUGCGGUCAGCCAUGGAUCACUCUGUCCCCGAGGUGUGAAGGCCCGCAGAACGAGCAGCGUCUCCGCCUCAGUCAGGAUGUCUACAAUCUACAGAGAGAUCUCUCUUUCUCUCUCUCUCUGUCUCUUUCUCUUUCUUAUCUUCUUCUCUCUAGCUGUCUCUCUUUCUCUCUCUUUCUGUCUUCAUACCAAACCUCCUCCUGCAUCACAAUCAUCAUCUUUGUCACCAUUGCCCAUCAUUAACAUAAUCAUAGGCUGCCUUUUUUUCUAUUUUUCCAUUAUCUGGGUUUGUUAUUGAGUAUACCCCAGUUCCUUUUCUACAUUUUCCUUGUGUCUGUUGCCUACUACUUUUUAUGUUAAUCUUGUAGUCUCAGUAUUAUAUACUUUUUUCUUGUUUUCUAUGUGACUUUGAGGACAGUACGUAACUUUUUUUUUUUUUUUUUUUUUUUUUAAAAAAGCCAUGCACGCUAUCAUGAGUCCAGAGCUUCCUCCUGUAUUGUGGAGAUGGAUCAUUUGCAAAUGACUUCUCACCCCUUGUGUCAUAAUGCUGUAAAGGCCAAUGAUCCCCAUGGUCAGUCAUCAAAUCCCUACCAUACAGAUUAUGGCUGCACUCUUAAUCCCUGCACUUGGCCCCCUUUGUGUGUACAUACAUAAUUUGAUGACACAAAGAGGAAUUAACACAUUUUAAAAAUGUUCUUUGACUUGAUUCUGGAUGGCAUCAUACAGUCAUUUUUAUUCUGGUAAUGAAAAAAAUUAGUUUCAGCAAAGGAAUUGCUUUUAGCAUUAUAUAUAUCAGAGGAAAUCAAUGUAACUUGUUGAUUUUUGGCAUCAAGAUGCAUUUUACAUUUGCCAUGAAUGCACUAAAUGUGCGUCUAAGAGCCAUUAAUUAAUAGGAUACCUGGAUUCUACAUUAAUUCUAGGUUCUUAGACCUGGCGAGGAUCAGAUAGCAGCCUCAGAUUUCUCCAAGAGGUGGCGAUGUAUCAUAGUACCACUCAGCUCAUACAUUUCCUGUCCAUACAGGCGAGUGUGGUGAUGGAAAGGACUGGUGUGAUGUAGUGUUUAGGCACUGGGAACAAUGUGUGCACAUUCCAGGGAGAAGUGUAGGGAAAAGGGCUGCAGCGGAUGUUUGUUGCCCUAUGCAGCUGGGACUCUGUGGCCCUGUCCACAAACGCUCCAUAUGCCUCCUGUUUCCUUCUGAAACUGAAAGGCACCACCAUGCAAAUGUAAUGCAGUAUGUGAUUAUGCCUCGGAAAGUUAAUUGAGAAGUCUUAAAUGGUUUUUGUGGCAGGUCUCGUGCUUUCUCGUUGGUUUUUAAGGGAAUCAUUGGCAAGUUCAGGUGAUUUUUGGACAGGGCCUGUGCUGGGCAAACCCACUAAGUGCACUUUCCAUUACCUUUAAGAGGUUGUCUUUCCUGUAUCCAUUUCAACAGUUGUGUUUUUUUUAUUAUUGGGUGUUUGUGGUGCCUCAUUAUUGAGAGAAAUCAUGAAAACAAAUGUGUACUUUAUAUGUCACUAAAGGAAAACUGCUCAUAUUUGAUGCUGACAGUAGUCCGCUCAAAUUGAAGGCAUUUACUUCCACAUCAAGGUUUAGCCAAUAAAUCUGCUCUCCUUUGCUAAGCGUCGUUAGAGGACAACCCUCUAUACUGUUCCUUCCUUGACUUAUGAGCACAGCGAGGGCUCAUAGUUAAUAAGUGAAUUUCCACUUAUGUUAUAUAAGUUGCUCCUUUUAAUGCUGAUCAUGUUUGGAUGCAUGUAUUCUGUUUUUUUUUUCUAGAAAUGUAAUCUGAUGAACAUCACAGUCAUUCUGUAAAAAUGCUAGAAGAAUCUAAAGUUUAUAUACGAAUGUAACCAAGAUAAUUAUUGUAAAACAAAUAAAUGGUCUUUCUGUUCACAUUA